AUGUCUAAUAUAAACAUCAAUCAUCCACUACCAAUAGAUGAGGUGGUGACCUACAAGGAGUGUUUGCAUAACCAUUCAGCAGCACUUGGUCAUGUCACCUAUGAUGGUUGUGUCAAAUAUAUCGCCGGUGAGGAUGCUCUCUUGUGUGCUUGUUGUGGCUGCCACCGAAACUUUCACCACAAGAACACCAUUUUUACCGCUGAGCCCCAAACUCAAACACCGGAUCAAGUGCAAGAGAUGAGGUCCAAGAGGAAAAAGAGGACUACCUUCUCGUCAGAGCAUAAGAACAAGCUGAUUAGGUUUGCUGAGAGUGUGGGGUGGAAACCUCGAAAGGAAAAGAAGGACGAAAUUGAAAGCUUCUGCUCUGAGAUGGGAAUCACCCGUAGGAUGUUCAUUGUAUGGCUCAUCAACAACCGUCACCGGGCAAUCAAUAAUGCUUAG